AUGAUUAAUCCAAAAGUCCUUUACAGCUACGUACGACAGAGCACACGGAACAAAGAGCCUGUCCCACUGCUGCGAACGGCUGAGGUUGUGGAAAUCUCCGAUGACAAGGAUAAGGCUGAACAUCUCUCUCAGUUCUUCCGGUCAGUCGUGACAAGUGAACCUGCUUUUUCCUCACCCGCUUAUGAAGACGAUGAAACGCCUAACCUCGAAGCCGUCUUCUUUACCGAAACAAUUGUUCGGAAUGAGUUACUAAACCUAAAAGAAUCGACCUCCACAGGCCCUGAUGCAAUCCCGGCCAAGCUGCUGAAGGAGCUAGCUUCCGAAAUGUCCAAGCCGUUAGCCUUGAUCUUUCAAACGUCAUUUGUUCCUGGAUGCCUGCCCUCUGACUGGAAGUCCGCUACCAUCACUCCGCUUUUUAAGGGUGGAAGUCGUUCGUCUGCGAAUAACUACAGGCCAGUGUGUCUUACCUCCAUCUGUCGCAAAAUCAUGGAAUUGAUCAUUAAGAAGGCCUUAGUGCAGUUCCUCGAGCAGCACCAUCUCCUUUCUGAUGCCCAACACGUCUUUCGAAGUGGUAGGUCCUGCCUCACGAAUCUGCUCUUUACGCUCGAACGCUGGACUAAAGCACGGGAUGAAGGCAAGGUGGUGCACGCCAUCUACAUCGACUUCAAAAAGGCUUUCGACAGCGUUCCUCAUCAAUGUCUCUUGUACAAACUGCGCAACGCUGGAAUUCGUGGACGCCUUCUUGUAUGGAUCCAGAGCUUUUUGGCUGGACGGUCCCAGAGAGUGCAGGUCGGGCGCCAACAGUCCUCAGAUGUAAGCGUGGUGAGUGGCGUCCCGCAGGGCUCAGUAUUAUGUCCCACGUUAUUUCUCGUUUUCGUAAAUGACUGCGUCAAGGACCUAGACUGUGAUGCCAUCCUGUUUGCCGACGACAUAAAAUUGUGA